UCUAUGUGUGUGAUGCUGGUAGGGUCUGUCUAUGUGUGUGAUGCUGGUAGGGUCUGUCAAUGUGUGUGAUGCUGGUAGGGUCUGUCCAUGUGUGUGAUGCUGGUAGGGUCUGUCUAUGUGUGUGAUGCUGGUAGGGUCUAUCCAUGUGUGUGAUGCUGGUAGGGUCUGUCCAUGUGUGGGUGAUGAUGGUAGGGUCUGUCGAUGUGUGUGAUGCUGGUAGGGUCUGUCGAUGUGUGUGAUGCUGGUAGGGUCUGUCCAUGUGUGUGAUGCUGGUAGGGUCUGUCCAUGUGUGUGAUGCUGGUAGGGUCUGUCCAUGUGUGUGCAGAUGAGUGUAAAGCUGGCUCCUGGGUUGGAGUAUAGCAUUGUUUGGACAGGGGCCUUGGGUCUCUCUGGCUACCCAGGGGAGGGAGCACUGGCCUGGGCAUCGACAGGCCUCGCUACCCCCUGUCACCGCCUUGGCCCUGGAGGACUCCUUUGAGCAAGCCCAGCUGUUGGGAGCGUACAAUGGCUACUGGGCUUCCCUGUGGAUUGAAGUGGCUUUCUGUACACGUGCUCCGAGAUCUGUCUGAGUUGUUCUGCGUCUCGCACUGGACCCACCUGGAGAACAUUGCUUUGGCCCUCCUCAAGCCAGCAGGGACACAGCUCUACUAAGGUUGUCGGAUCGCUUGUAAAGAAUGAUGAGCUCCAAACAGGAAGAAACUCUGAGGUUUGUCCAGUAUGUUGAAGAUAGUGGACUAAGAGCCUACAGCGGGCUGGUCUCUCAGAACCUGGAUGUUGAAGAUAGUGGACUAGGAACCUACAACGGGCUGGUCUCCCAGAAACUGGAUGUUGAAGAUAGUGGACUAGGAACCUACAACGGGCUGGUCUCCCAGAAACUGGAUGUUGAAGAUAGUGGACUAGGAACCUACAACGGGCUGGUCUCCCAGAACCUGGACCACGGCAGGAAUGAGAGGAACAGGAUUUACCUACAGGAGAAACAGGACAAGAAGAGAAAACAGGAAGAAGCCAUAAAAAGGAUGGGCGAAGAGGUGGUGACCGAGGAGAAGCACCUGCACAUGGGCUCCAUGACCAUGCCAGCCCCCCCGCAGCUUGCUUGCGGGCCGGGCUUUGCCGUGCGCUCCCAGUCACUACACUCGGUGGGCGGGGGCAGUAACGAUGGUGGGGAGGAGGAGAUGGGCAGCCCUACCUCCCGUAAGCAGCCCCCACCCAAACCCAGGAGGGACCCGGCUACCAAGCUGAGCAUUUCCUCUGAGACAGUGGAGCACAGCCCCACCUUGGUCUGCAGGGGCUGCAGGGUAAAUUCGGAUGCGCCACAAGGCUGCGGAGAAGACUGCAAGAGGGUCCCUCCGCCCAAACCCAGGAGGAACCCCAAAACGCAGCUGAGCACCUCCUUUGAUGAUUCCUGCAUCAGGAAGCACAUUGGCUCCAAGAGUCACUCCCCCUCUGCCGAGUGCGAGCGCAACCCCUCUCCGCCGAGCGACGAGAGUCCCAGCCACCACUCCGACUCGGAUGAGCCUGUCUACAUCGAGAUGGGCGCCAGUGUUGGGGGCGGCGGGCACACAGAGGCGCCCAAGAGUGAGGACGAGGAGCUGGGAGAGUCUGUGUACGAGGAGAUGAAGUACCCUCUCCUGGAUGAUAUGGACUACUGCUGGGAACCCCCAGGGUGCCGCUCCGCCUGCCCCAUCCCGGCGCUCCUGGACCCAGAGUCUCUCAACCGCUGCUCCACCCCGCGUAACAUUCCCCUAUGCGACAUCCCUGCGCCGUUUCCCAACUUGCUCACCCACCGGCCGCCCCUCCUGGUGUUCCCCCCUGCGCCGGCCCAGUACUCGCCAAACUCGGACGAGUCCCCGCUCACCCCUCUGGAUCCACUGACGAAGCUGCCCAUGAUGGACAACCCCUGCGCCUACAACAAGUCUCCCACCUCCUCUUCUGAGCCCCCCCUGGCGCACCUUCGCAGGGAGCUGACAGCCACGCCCACCCUGACAGUGUCGGGUCGCUCGUCGGCUCCGCCCCUGCCCUGCACCCUCUACAAGUCCUCAGCCUCCUCAGCCCACGGUUAUCAGCGCAGCCACUCAGCCUGCCCCUCUCCCGUCAGCAUGGGCCGCUGCCUCACGCCGCUUAGCCUGAUGCGCACACCGCCCUUCGACGCCCCCAUGCCCCUCACGGGCGGGCUGCCGUGCAGCGCCUCCACCACGCCCCAUGGAAAGGGCUCGCCCCCACAGGACUGCAUAGCUGGGGGCAGGCUGCAUGGGUCGAUGCAGAACGUAUCCACGGGACGCUCACGCACACCGACCAGCCCCCUGGACGAGCUGACCAACCUGUUCACCGCCGGCCGGAACAUGAUGAAGAAGAACACCGGUGGGAGAAAGUCCAAGGAGCCCGGGGAGACCGAAUCCAAGAGUAAGUCUCACAGCGUGUCAAAACGUGAUGGCAAGGAGCGGCACAGUCACAAGGAGUCCAAACGGGAGAGUAAGGAUCGUAGCAAAGAGUAUUCUUCUCACCUGCGCAACACCAAGGACAGGAGCUGUAGCAGCGUGGAGCCGCUGCCCAGGCGAUAUAGCAAAGACCAAGGUUGUAACAGUGUGGAGCCCUUGCCUAUGAAACGGGACAGCAGAGACCGGGGUUGUAACAGUGUGGAGCCCUUGCCUAUGAAACGGGACAUCAGAGACCGGGGUUGUAACAGUGUGGAGCCCUUGCCUAUGAAAAUGGACAGUAAAGGCAGAGGUUGUAAAAGUGUGGAACUCCCGCCUGUCAGACGGGACAGUAAAGACAGAAGUGUCCAUGGCAUGGAGCCGUUACUACAACUGGACAGCAAAGACUCUCCCCGGAAUGGUGUCGAGUCCAGACCAGACAGCAAAGACUCUCCCCGGAAUGGUGUGGAGUCCAGACACGACAGCAAAGACUCUCCACGGAAUGGUGUGGAUUCCAGACACGACAGCAAAGACUCUCCCCGGAAUGGUGUGGAUUCCAGACACGACAGCAAAGACUCUCCCCGGAAUGGUGUGGAUUCCAGACGCGACAGCAAAGACUCUCCCCGGAAUGGUAUGGAGUCCAGACACGACAGCAAAGACUCUCCCCGGAAUGGUGUGGAGUCCAGACACGACAGCAAAGACUCUCCCCGGAAUGGUGUGGAGUCCAAACACGACAGCAAAGACUCUCCCUGGAAUGGUGUGGAUUCCAGACACGACAGCAAAGACUCUCCCCGGAAUGGUGUGGAGUCCAGACACGACAGCAAAGACUCUCCCCGGAAUGGUGUGGAGUCCAGACCAGACAGCAAAGAAAGGCUCAGCCACCAGAACCCACCAGAACUUCUACCCAGGCAAGAUAGCAAAGACCAAAACAGGAACGGAAUUGAUUCGAGACAUGACCGCAAAGUACGAAUGGAUCAGCCACCAGAGCUCCUACCAAGGCAAGAUAGCAAAGACCGAACCAGGAAUGGAAUGGAUUCGAGACACGAAAGCAAAGAACAAAUGAACCAGCCACCAGAGCUUCUACCCAGGGAAGAUAGCAAAGACCAAGUCAGGUACGGAAUGGAUUCGAGACACGACAGCAAAGUACGAAUGGACCAGCCACCAGAGCUCCUACCCAGACAAAAAUGCAAAGAUUCACCCAGAAAUGGCAUUGAGUGCAGACGUAAUGACAAAGACAGAGACAGGGAAAGCUACAGCCUAGAGUCUAGACAUGAGGGCAAAGAACAAAGUUACAAUGGAAUGGAGCCCUUCCCCUUACCCCGACAGGAAAUCAAAGAGUCAGACAGAAACGGCCUUGAAGCCAGCAGGCGUAAAAGCAAGGACAGAAGCUGCAAUGGCUCAGAGCUGCCCCCCCGGCGCGAUAGCUACGGCAAGAGUGCCAAUAGGGUAGAUCUUAGGUGCGUCAAUAAAGACCGGGUUGGUCAUAGCUCAGAGGUCUUGCCCAGGCGUGAUGUCAGAGAUAGGGGGACCUAUAGCGUUGAGCAAUCAAAAGCACAAGCGAGGAACGGUGUAUCAGGGCAACAACAAUCAUCGACUGCCACACCAACUCGGCAUGGGAGACCUGCUGGCAGUCCGCCAAUGGGGUUUGGAUCUGGCAAUACAGAGCUGAAACCAGCACGUACAAAGUAUGGCCACUCCUCCUCUGCCCCAGUUACACCCUCUCCCUUAGGGACCCCACAGAGGCAAGCAUCAGAGGCACAGAUGCCCUGGAAGUGUGGGGACAGCACCAUGCUGGAGCAGAUCGAGAGGAAACGCUCCCUGUGCAUGGAGAUCCGUUCCAGGCAGCAGCCAGACAGGAACACCCCGGACAGGAACCUCUGUAAGCAGGACAGCAAGCCUACCCUCCCCAUCUGGGGGAAGAGCAACGGAGCCAAAAAGAUCCAGCCUCCCCCCUACCCAACACAAACCACCGUGUUCUGGGACACAGCCAUCUGACAAUAACCCGCUUGGCCUCACGCCCAUCCUCCUUCUGAACUCUGUGCCUUCUGAUUGGCCCUCUCCACAUCAGAGGUGUCAGGGGCAGCCAAUAAGAGCAGGGGGGGGGUCGCUGAUGUCAAAGGACAAUGGUGGUUACCAUAGCAACAUUUCUGGUUGUUCAGGUUGUCAUUUUUUCUUAUCACCAGUGAUAUUUGAUAUUUUUCUAUUUUGUGUGACUUCGUAUGAAUAGAUAUUUUCUAAACAAAAAGCUAUGAAGCAGCAAAAAACGAUGUAGUUGUAGAUCAAUCCGAUGUAGUUUUUUAAAAAUGUUUUUUGUUUUGGUAUUUAACAUUUUAAAGCAUAUUCUAUCAAGCAUAAUUCUUUAUGCCAAGUGCUCAAUUAAUUUCCAAUGCUAGACGUACUCUUUUGAAUGUAGGAUAUUCUGACAGUCAACACGCUGUCACUGUUGAGGAGUUCAGUUGACAUACAAUACAAUACCUGUCAAAAGUUUGGACACGCCUACUCAUUCAAAGGUUUUUCUUUAAUUUUUUACAAUUUUCUAGGUUGUAGAAUAAUAGUGAAGAUAAC